GAGAAAAAAUAAAAAAAAAAAAAGGUUGGCACUGUGAGUGCAUGGCAACCGGAUGCUGGUAGCACCUUGACCAUGCUAUCGCAAGUGCUCGGUGUUGUCGUGGGGGUCUUGUGGCUGGCGAAGUUCGACCAUGCUGCACCGAUUAAAAGUGCAAACAAUAUCCGAACAACCGAGUGCAAGGAUAUCCCCUUUCAUGUGAUCGAGGCGCCUGAGGCUGACAGCCCGCUUCCCGGGUAUCAAAUCGUGCUCGAUACGCCGGCCCAGCAGCCAGAGGAAGACUUUAUGCCCGGCAGCCCAAUUAUUUUUGGCCUCAUGAUCACGGGCAAGGACAUGGUCCACGAGUAUCUGGGCCGCAAGUCCAUGGACUCCUUUCUCAACCAGUCCUACGCUCGUAAGGUCCUGGUCAUUGUCAAUGACUCGCCAGAUUAUAGCAUGAUUGACGGCCCCAGCGAGUGGUUACGUGCCCGACAACUGCCCGAGGCGCCUCGGGAGCGACCGUGCUUGGUUGAACUCCGGGUACCACCCCGCAAAUUUAUCUUGGGAGAGCUGCGCAACAUUGCCAUCAACGCCGUACCCCUGGGUUCUGUGUGGGUGCAAUGGGAUGACGACGAUUGGCGGGACACGCACUUUGUGCGCUUGGAACUUGAGCAGAUGUUCAAGCGCCGUGCUCCAGUUGGCUAUGUAGCAGCCGAAUACAGGACGUACCUGCGACUCAACAGCACAUGGCGAACUGCCAAUCCCCAGGGGCUGCACGGCACUAUCAUGGCCUACAAGUCUGCCAAAAUUGCCAAGCUGCAGUACCCAAGCCUAGCGCGGGCUGAAGACUCGAAGUACUGGGGCAUGUUGCGUACCAACAACAUUUCCCAUACCUCAUUCUCAAACAAACCAUGGCUCUACUUUAAGCUUUCCCACGGAGCAAACACUUGGGGUGCGACGCAUGCGGGCGAAAAUCGGGCCAAAGAAAACGUGUGGUGUAUUCGUGAUGAGGGCGACAGUUGCCCCAUGGAAUUGGACAACGAAAAGCACAGCAUGAUUGCACCCUUUGCCAUUCGUCGAGAUGGGAGCAUUACAGAAACCCUUGAGGGCCUGCCAGAGGCAAGCUUGGAGGUGGAAGACGCCAACCCACUGACCGGUUGGCCCCGGGAGAGUUGGAUUGUGCGUCCCACCCGAACGCGUCGAUAUCUCGAUACCAUGCGCAUGGUUAAACACGACCCUGUGGGGCCCUGCGCUGUCAUCUGGACCGUGGGUGUGCCCAAGGAUAGCCUGGUGGACGGCCUCGAGCAAGCAGCGCUCGAUGACAUUGUGCGUGCGGCCGUGGUGGCCCGUGAUGCUGCGGCAGCUCGCGCCACCACGGGGCCGGCAUUCAAGGCGGUCACAGGCAACAUGUGUGGGGAGGUUGCGGUCAACUUUAUGCUGGCUAUUGACAAGCUCAUUUGGUUGCGCAUGGGUGAAGUGCGGCAACAGUCACUCGCCGAACGCUACCAGACCAUCAUUUUGAAUGCGCCACACAGCGCCUUUGCCAAGGACCUCCCGGAGCGAUGGAAUGGCCUCCUGGUAGAGCCGAGCCUGGAACUGCGCAACGUGCUGGCCCUCAUCGCCUCACCAUACCGCCGUGUCGUGGCGCUUGAUGUCGAGAAUGUAGUCUGCCGUUCCACGUGGGAAAGCAUCUUUGCUGUUCUCGAAGACGAAAACUUUGUGGCUAUGCAAGCCAGCACUCCAAACAGUGGAAGCUGCAACCGUGCUGACCUACCGGUUCCGCCGGUACUGCUCUCCUAUCGUGCCAGCGGCAAGCGAUACAUCGACGAGCAUGAAAUCAGUCCAACACUGAUGGCCAUUGACUUGGGUGUGCUGCAAACACGGCGCUUGCUGGUCGCAGUGCUCGAAGCUUGGGUAGCCUUGGUGGAGUUUCAGGAGCACCCGGAUCUCGAUCAAACCCGGUAUGGAUGCGUUCACAACGUACAACUCGCCUUUCGACAAGCCAUGUACCUCCUGCAACAACACAUUAGCAUUCAAACCUUCCUGAGCACAAAGCAGAGCGAAUGGCAGUGCAGGACUCUGCAUAUUGGUCCUUUCUGCACGUUUUUCCAAACCCCGCACCGCAUCAGCCCCCCAAUGAGUGCCCUCUCCAUUUGUGGGCCCCAUCAACCCCGCGAUGUCCCUGAGAAGCACGCGGUUUCCGAGGACCAAGCCUGGACUACCCUCGAUCUCGGGUCCCCGUGGCCCAAUUAAGCGUCUUGUUCCAUGCUUGCCCAGCG